AUGGUUUGGCAUGAGUAUAAAGCAGGUACAUCGGAGCAACGAUCAGAAUUGAUGGAGUUAUGGGAUAUCGGUGGAUCGGGAGCUCACCGUGCCGCUUCUGUGGUUUUCCUUGACGGUGCUGCUGGUGCGAUACUAGUGCACGAUUUAAGUAAUAAAAAAAGCGAAGAGGUAAAUAAUUUGCAGAUGUUGCGU